AUGGAGUUUACUGGUGGUUGUAUCACAAUGAGAGCUUUUGAUACAGCGCAAAAGCUACACGAAGAUAAUCAAGUGAUCCGAUCGUUCUGGGAAGCGAGUACUUUGAUGGUUUAUACAACGUUAAAAAAAAGAGGUUGGCUGGGAAGCGAGUACGUUAGCGUACAUGAGUCUGAAGCACGGCUCUUAUGUGGCGAAAAUAAUCGUAAAAUGAAAAUGGAGUAUCUUCAGAACACCACAAGCCCAAACGUCUGUCUGUCCGGAGGUGCUGACGGUGCCGACUUGGAAUGGGGCAAUUGUGCUGCAUCUAUGGGACAUCAAGUCAUACAUUGGAGUUUUCCUGGUCACUCAAGCCGCGCUUCAGAAGACCAACUAGUACGACUCGAUGAUGAAGAGCUCAAGAUAGCCGAUAGAGCCAUUGAAAAUGCGGCCAAGGCUCUUGGGAAAACACCACCACGGCGGCCGACGGUUUCUCGCUUGUUGCGCCGAAAUUACUACCAAGUGACUUGGAGCGAAGCAUGCUACGCCGUCACUUUCUUUCCAGAGACUGGGGGUCACGCUCAACCUCCCGGAGGAACGGUAUGGGCAACGACUAUGUUUUCACAGUUGCAUCCAGGGAGUCAAGAUCUUUAUGUUUUCGACCAAAUCAGAGGUGUUUGGUUGCAGUGGCAAGGCGAAUGGGUUGUCAUUGAAACACCGCCUCGUCCCUCAGGUGUCUGGGCUGGUAUUGGCGCUCGUGAUCUUCAACAAAACGGGAAAGAUGCGAUUCGGAAGUUGAUGGGUUGCACAACAGAUCAUAUAUAA